GGCUAAAAUGAGAGGAAAGGUGGGGCUGAGUCAGGUGAUCACAGACACAAUAGCAUCCAGAGAGGAGAACAGGCUGCCUUACUGCUCUAGAGGAGCUAAAAUGAGGAUUUAGAUAUAAUUAAAGCUUCAGGGAGGUUUAUAUGUGUUAAGUUUUAAAGAGAUAGUAGGUGGAGGAAGCCUCUCUGGUUGUCUGUGGGAGGGGCAACACCAGCUACACCAGACACACCGCAGUCAGUCAGUCAGUCUUUGGUGCUGAAGCUGAGCAGAGCAUCUCCAUCUCUCCAUCACUCACAUCAUCUUUCUGGGUUGUGUUGGUUGAUCCAUCUGGAUGCCACUUUGCUCCACGACCCGCCCUGCUGCAGGCUGAUGGAAACAGACAUCCGUAACAAUGUGUGCGAAUGUGUUUGGAGUUUUAAAAAGCCUGUUUGGGAAGCCCUUUGAUGGUGGGAAGAGGAUGGACCAUGGCGUCCCUCAGCAACAACAGCAACAUCCGAUGGAGCAGCAGCAGCAGCCGUAUCAUCCGCAGCACCCUGCCAUGAUGCGGCUGUACGAGGUCCAGAAGGAGGUGGCGUCUCUGGGGCCUCAGGUCUGCACCUUCAGCGGCCUGCAGCAUGACCGCGACUACAAGCGUCUGGAGCGCGAGCUGACGCGGCUGCUGCUGGACGUGGACCAGGUCGACACGGAGGGCAAACCGGAGCUGCAGGGGGCGCGCAAGAGAGCAGCACAGGAGGUGGAGGGCCUCCUGCGCUACCUGGAGGAGAACGCCACUCAUCCGGCCCGCGCUGCCAUCGAGGAAAUGAGCAACGCUGCGCGGCAGCUGGUGGACGACCGCGUGGUGGCGCCCCAGCGGUCCGGCGGGGUGGCUGAAAUAAACGACGAGCUGGUGGACGCCCUGCAGGAGAUCAUACUGAAGCUCACCCAAAUCAAGACCGAAGGGAGGGUGCCGCUCCGCAAGGCGCGCUACCGGGCCCUGACGCGUCUGUGCGCCAUACAGGAUGUGAUCGAAGGGCGUACGGAGCAGCAGACCCUCUCCCUGCCGCUGUCAGGGGAAACCCACGAGGCCGUGCACCGCAUCAACCAGGUGAUGGUGAAGGUGAGCGUGGCGCGCGGCCAGCUGGUGGCGCUGCUGAUGGGUCUGAGCGGGAGGGACAGUUGCGCCCACCUGUCACGGAUCCUGUUGGAGAUGCAGGUGGAGCUGGACGCUCUGGAUGUUUCCGGGAACGCGGCGAUCAGAAAUUACAGGAAACAGGUCGUGGAGGAGAUAAACGGGCUGCUGAAACAUCUGGACCUCGAGGGGGAGGGAGAAGACACGCGCAGGUACGACUUGGGGCAGCACAACUCCAUCCGUGAGAUCGAGGCGGUGCGAGCUCACGUCUCCCACCUGCGAGAGGGCGUCUUGCGGCACAGCGUGAUGGGGGAUCUGAGCUUCAGGCCCAAAGCCGAGCUGCAGAGCCUCCUCACUCACCUGGACCAAGUGGACACGGCCAAGAACCCGUGCAUCAGAGAGGCCCGCCGCCGCGCCGUGGUGGAGGUCCAAGCCAUCAUCACCUUCCUGGACCUCCGCGAGGCUCUGGGCCGCCGCCAGCCGGGCCCCAGCGAGCACCCGUCGCACCGGGCCGUGUGGCUGGUCCUGGGGAGCCUCUCGGACCUCCAGGCCCAGGCGCUGGGCUUCGACGGCAAGCGGAUCGACAAGAGCUACAUGAUGCUGGAGGAGCUGCUGACCAAACAGCUGCUGUCGCUGGAUGCCGUGGACCCGCAGGGCGACGAGACCACCAAGAUGGCGCGGAAGCAGGCGGUGAAGUUUGCCCAGAACAUCCUCAACUACCUGGACAUGAAGACGGACGAGUGGGAGUAUUGAUUCAUUUAAAAACUUUGGAUGGGACGUCGCUGCAGGAACGAAAAGGAGCUGAUAAUGUGUGUAAAUAAAAAAAACAACUGGUACGUUAUCAUUCCACGGGCUGUAAAUAUGGACUCAAAUCCCCAGAAUGCACUGCAGCAGCGCUUUUCUUUCGUCUCUUUGUGGUAGUUGUGGCCGACCGUGCUGAGAAGAACACAGAACUCCUUUUGUGAAACACACUUUGGAUUUAUUUUGUGCUUUUUGAACAUUUUCUUUUUAAAUCUCCCGAAUGUGUGUGAGUGUGUGUGUGAGAGUUGUUGUCUGUUGUCAUUGUACUGGGUGUGUGUGUGUGAGUGUGUGUGUGUGUGUGUGUGUGUGUGUGUGGUCGUUGAAGCCUGCUGCCAAAGCACUAAAUUAAUGCCUGUUACAGUGGUCGUUUCCUCCAGACUGCUCUUGAUAUCGAUGAAGUUUGAUGGAUUGCUUCGCAGUGGUUCCCCCGUCUGGCCUGAUUAAUCUGAGUUGCUAAUGGAGACACAGCCGAUGCAUGUGUUAAAUACAGUGACCUAAUUAGAGUCGUCCAGAUUGUGACACCUGUUGGUUCGGCGCCGAUUUUGAGACGGGUCUGAUUGCAGUCGCAGGGGGGUGUUCGUGUAGAGAAUGAUAGGAAGAACUACUCUGAUUGGCUCGUGCGGUACAGGAACGCCCACUUUUUCUUCUUCUUUACUUUAUCAACGCACAUCUGGUUCUGUCUGUUAUUAACGUAUGUAACGACACACAGAAAAAGACAGCAGUAGAUGUUGAGCUUUAUUCUAAUGACUUAUUGGAUAUGUUGGAUAUUUCUGUAUAGUAAAUUAGGGCUGUUCCCGAAUCAGAAUUUUUUGAUUUGACUCAAAUUUGUCUGUUCAAUACGAAGAUUCGACUAUUCGUUCUUUUUUUUUUUUUCUUCAUAUAGACUAUUUGUCAAUCAGAAAAUCCAUUGGCCGGAGUUUCAGUGAUGAUUUCGACCACAUUAACAUUCAAACCGUCAAAUGCGUUCCGCCACAGUUUCACAAUCGAACC